GAAACAAUCAUCCAUUCCACACUUCUCGCAACGUACCUCGGCAGGGCCUCAUACAGCAUGUCCAAGGAAGGCUACAUCAUCCGCCACGGGAAGAAGUCCAGCGAUAUCCUUUACUGUAUCGUGCAGGAUGGCCGCGUGAUAUUCUUGGACCGACGCGGCGGGGAUGUUGUGGAAGAGUUUGGCCUCACGCGAACAUUGCUCAAGAUCCGAGGGGCCACGACAGACGAAGCGUUUGCAUGCGAGAACAGCUUCAUUGUUCAAGUGCGCAACUCGCAGCUUGUGAAAGGUCGGCAGGUCGCGGAAGGAACCGAAGGCGAGUACCUUUUGUCGGCGCCAAGCCACAAGGAACGCAAGGAAUGGGGCAACGCCAUUCACUCGUGGCAGCGCCAUUACUGGAGGGAACCACUCCAUGCAGGACUGAACAUGACAGAGAUCGAAGAAGAAGCGUUCUUUCGGGCCCAAGUGUCCACUCUAACGCGCAUGCUGCAGGAAUCCCCGCGAGGCAAGCAAAAGGGCAAUCGGCAUCGCACCAGCUCCGCAGCCUCAUCCAACGUUGCGUACAACACCAUGCAACAACCUGCGUAUUAAACACUUAAAAUUAAGUUAUUGGCCUAUUCGCCGGAAUUCACAAUAAAUUU